GGAGAGCCAGAAGGAGGCUGAGAGGAGCUGGUAUUACAGACCUGCUAUCUGAUUGGCUGGACGGUCGCUGCUGGGCUAUAAAAGAGACCCCUACAGGCUUGGGAGGGAGAUGCUCAGAGGAUUCUGACAGUAUCUUUACCGGAGAAAAGGCGAAGUGCGCUCAGAACAGAAGCCACAGCUCCUCCUGCGGCACUUCUUUCCUGUCGUGAAUCCCACACUACACAAGAUGUGCAAAGGACUUGCGGGUCUGCCGGCUUCUUGCUUAAGGAGUGCCAAAGAUAUGAAGCAUCGGCUAGGUUUCCUGCUGCAGAAGUCAGAUUCCUGUGAACAUAAUUCUUCACACAGCAAGAAGGACAAAGUGGUGAUUUGCCAGAGGGUGAGCCAUGAGGAAGUAAAAAAAUGGGCUGAAUCACUGGAAAACCUGAUAAGUCAUGAAUGUGGGCUGGCAGCUUUCAAAGCUUUCUUGAAGUCUGAGUACAGUGAGGAGAACAUUGACUUCUGGAUCAGCUGUGAAGAAUACAAGAAAAUCAAAUCACCCUCUAAACUAAGUCCCAAGGCCAAAAAGAUCUAUAAUGAAUUCAUCUCAGUCCAGGCAACCAAAGAGGUAAACCUGGACUCUUGCACCAGGGAGGAGACGAGCCGGAACAUGCUGGAGCCCACGAUAACUUGCUUCGAUGAGGCUCAGAAGAAGAUUUUCAACCUGAUGGAAAAGGAUUCAUACCGCCGCUUCCUCAAAUCCCGAUUCUACCUUGACUUGGUCAGCCUUUCCAGCUGUGGGUCAGAGAAGCAGAAAGGAGCAAAGAGCUCCACGGACUGCCCUUCCCUGGUCCGCCAGUGCGCCUAGCUCUCACUCAGCAGUGGGAGGCUGAGGUGCCAAGACUCUGUGCCCGGAAAACCUGAGGCCACAUGUUGACCUUCAUUAAGCACCAGUGCUUUUUCCACCUUGCAGUCUAGUGUUCACGCUGCUGGCUAUGUGUGAGUCACUCCCAUACAAAAACUAGGUUACAUUUUGGUGUUCAUCAGGGCAGGACCUCAUCCCAGUCCAGUUGUCUCAGAUUUCUUUUCCUGUGCCAUGUGAGCAGAUAUCUGGAUAAUGGCCUUGUGGGUCUGGAUUCAAAGACUUGGCCGUUCUCUCCUGCCAACAGUGUGACCUCAGAUUGGUUGGUGAGCAGUUGGUACAUGUCACGUGACAUCCACAGGCACAUGUGUUCUGUUAACCAGCUUUGAGAUGUUUAGAUGGGGUUGAUCUGUUUUAUGUAUCUCUGUGUGUGCAUGUGUGUGUGUAUAUAUGUAUAUGUAUAUAUACACAUAUAUAUACAUACCUGCAGCCUGUAUAUAUGUAUGCAUGUAUACAUACAUAUAUAUUUCUGCAAGAAUAGACAAGAGAGACCCUAGGUGCUCAUAACUAGACUCUGUGAACAUACUUACAUGCAUGUUCUGAUCCCCUGUCUUUCACUCUGCAACUGAACAGGGCAAAAUAAACCAGCUGCCCUGCAGGCUACAAAAGGAAUGCUAACCUGUGGAAAGUUGAUUCUGUAAAACUCCGUGAGUCUUGCUGGAGAAGCAUGGACUUCAUGCUUCAUUUAACCACCGACAGCUUCCAAGUUGGAUAGUAUUCUAAGGAGCGAACAUAAAAAGUGUUGUGCCUGUUUGACACAGUGCUGUCUUUGGCUGGCUGUCACUAGCGGCACUUUUGAGCCACCAGGCUGCUGGCCUCCCCUUCUUUGCCUGGGUGCUUGAUGCAUGAUAGCAGCCAGGUUGGUGUGGAGUUGGAGGAGGAGUUCAUUCAUUCAGUUCAUGAAUGAAGAAACAUAGGUAAAGCCUUGCCAGCUCUACCUACUAUAGGAUGCUGGUUUAGUACGGGCACAGAAUUUAAAGGUUAAUGUUCUUAUCCCCUACUCUUUUUUCCUCUCUUGAUUAAGGUGCUCUUCUCAUUUUGUUUUUCCCUGAGAACUUUAGCCAUUACAUGAGGCUCCUUAAUUCAUUGCGGUUGUUCCCCCCCCCCCCAUAAUGGCUCUAGGCUAUAUACUUGUUCCUUAUAAACCAGCAUCAGGGGAAAGAUUACAUUUUAUAAGGGGUGGACAUGUUUUCACAAACUGAAAAGCCCGCAUAAAUUUCUCUUUUGAAGAUGGAAUCUGGCUCAUUGAAUCCCAAACAUCAGGACUAACAGGGGCUGAAAGCAUUUCAUUUUAGGCUCUGAGAUGAAAUGAGAGAGAAAAGGGAUUAAAAAAAAAGGAUAUCAAUUUUAAACUACUGUUUAGAAUUUUCCAAGGCACAUGAAAUACUUGAAAAUGUCUCAUUUAUGUUAUUUAUGAUGUUUUGUAUAAUGUUUUUAUUAUUGUAUUGUUUUAUAAACGGAGGUGCAAGAUAUCACCUGAAUUAUUAAUGAAUGGCCAGGAAGUAAUUUUCUUCUCAUUCUUCUAAAAUUACUGCCUUUGAAGUGCACACAUAUGCAUGCAUGAACACUGCACUGAUUCUUCCAGUAUAACUUACAAACAUGGACACAUUUGUGAUUUUUAAGCCAAUAGACUGGGCUGUAAAAUGAAGACAUUGGAGUGUGUGUAUAGAAGUCUCUUGUAUUAAAUUUAUAGGUUUGCUCAACUGUACCCUUUCUGUAUCUCUAGCAGUUUUGCCUUCCAUGCCUCCAGAGUUCCUCAUCAGUGCCUCUUUCUGUUAUACACAUUUCCACACUUUGUCUCUAAUUAACUCCAGGAUCCAAAUGUGUAACUCUAUUGGUCUUGCCCUAUUAGAACUGUCAUGAUUUUCAGAUUGUAUCUGGACUCACAGACUGCUGUCUCACCAAUAGGUCUGGAAGGUCAUUCUGAAUGAGAAGUAAAUUAUUUUAUGUAACACAUUUCUCAAGUGUGUUUUUCCAUUGCAUUUCCUCCUUAUUUCAUCACUAUUUGGCAUGCUGAGCUUACCUGCUCAUGGUCCACGGACAGAAUACUCCUUCCAUGUGCAUGCCUAUUUUUAUCAUCGUGUGCUUUAGUGGCCUCAGAGUAGAUACUUCCAGUGAAACACACACAACUUAAUAAUAAGGGUAAAUAAAUACUUCAUGCAAAA